UUCCAUCUGACGUUUCAGUCUGAAAAUCCCUCAAAGGACAAAAUACCGCCAUGAAAAUGUGUAAUUGAAGCUCGAAGAAUUCAGAUUUUUUUGCAGAAGCUUGUACGAGAAACUGUGGUGAUGAAGGGAUUAUUAGGGAGAUUGAUAACGCGAACGAAUCUCCGGAGCUGUAGAUUGUUAACAAAAACCCAUGUAGAAAAUGGUUCACUUUCCACAUCUCGUCGAUUCCUUUAUGCUUUAUCUUCCAAUACGCCGUAUGUGUUCUCUGAUUUCACUUCGCUAAAGCCUUCAAAGUUUCCUUCUUCAUGCCCGACAUUAUGGAGCCAUUUUGGAGGCCAGAAGAGGACCAUGUUUAUCCAAACUCAAUCAACUCCGAAUCCGUUAUCCCUAAUGUUCUAUCCUGGGAAGCCAGUUGUGGAAACUGGGAGUGCAGACUUUCCAAAUGCUCGUUCUGCCAUGAAUUCACCUCUGGCGAAGGCCCUCUUUGGAAUAGAUGGGAUUACACGCGUAUUUUUUGGAUCAGAUUUUAUUACUGUAACAAAAAGUGAAGAAGCAUCCUGGGAUUUCCUCAAACCUGAAAUAUUUGCAGCAAUUAUGGAUUUCUAUUCCUCCGGGAACCCAGUAUUCCUCGACUCCAGUACUGCAGCCUCCAUGGAUACAGCUAUCCAUGAGGAUGAUUCAGAAACAGUGGCAAUGAUCAAGGAACUUUUAGAGACUCGCAUUCGUCCAGCUGUACAAGAUGAUGGUGGGGACAUUGUAUACCGAGGAUUCGAUCCAGAUACAGGAGUAGUCAAAUUGAAAAUGCAAGGAGCAUGUAGUGGUUGUCCUAGCUCAUCGGUUACCCUUAAAUCUGGUAUCGAGAAUAUGCUCAUGCAUUAUGUGCCCGAGGUUAAAAGUGUGGAACAGGAACUGGAUGAAGACGAACAACCUGCAUUAACCGGGGCAGCACACGAGUAGUAUUACUGUUAUAGUUUCCUUCAGUUGAGUUGAUUUGCUGAGAGAGAGAUCUCAAUUAGGUGGAGACAGGACUUGUUCAUGCUCCUCCAUGGAAAGAGUGAGUAAAGUUGGAUAGUAGUUUUGAUGACAUCCUAAUAAAUAGUUCGAAUCAAGUAGUUUUUUCUUAAACAAUGUGUAUUUGUUUUGUGAAAUUCAUCAAGUAUUAAAUUUGAAAUCCAGUUAUAGACAA